AUGCCAAGUGCGAUUGGAAAAAUAAGAGGAGAUCUCCUAGACGCGCAAGAUUGCAUCAAGAAGGAUGUCCAUAACUAUGAGGAGAAACAAAGAAAGAAAAUCGAGCAAAGGAAGAAGGCGUGCGAAGAAAGAAGAGCGGAGCAACUGAUGAUAUUAACAAUCGGGACAUGUGAAGAGUUGGACGCAACACGGAGGGACUUAGACGAGGAAGAAAAAAUGACGAGUGAUGGUGAGAAGGAGCACGAGAUGACUCUAGAAAAGGGAGGUCAAGCUGAGGUAAAGCAAAGUGGAAGGUCAAAGAAAGGAAAAACAGAUGAAGAAAGCGAGACGUCGAGAAGUGAGAAAGAAACCCCUUUUGUAAAAGAAAAACGAGCCCCGCGAAGAGGAGCAAAGAUAAACACUUCAAAGCAUAAAAAGAAAUCGAAGCAAAAGGCUGAUGAAAGCGCUGAGUUGCAUGAUUCUAUAGGUAAAGAGAAAAGGGCUUACGAAGAAGAAGAAAUUAAGCGAUUGAAGGAGGAACUCUACCAAGAAGGAAGAAAAAGGGAAUACUUAGUGAAUGAGUGCAUAAGGUUGGAAAGGCAAAAUGAGAAGCUUAUAAUCAAGAACAACCAUUUAAAAAGGAAGCAGCAAGGGAGUAGUGCACACAGAGGAAAAUAUGCUCCGAAAAGGAUAGUUGAACCAUCUUGCAAAAACAGUUUUAACCUUUGUGAUGCUCUGAACGAGAAAAGCAAGUUCAUGAGGACUAUAUUGGAGGACCUCAGAGUUGGUGGAGAGAAAAUAUUAAUAAAGCUAAAACAAGAUAUACAAAAAGUGAGAGAGAACGAUGUUAACGAAGACGAGGAUGUUACGACACAUGGGAUUCUCGAGAAAGGCAAGAGGAAUGUUACUUGUGAUGAAGGUGUUGAAUCUGAUUCAAAAAGGGAGGCUUGCGGAUUCACAUUGUGA